UGUGUGCACGAGUUUACCUCUCGAGGUCACCAAGCAGGAUUUACGACUGGUCAACAAAAGCACGUGAUACUCCGCCGUACCCCAUAUUUGGGUGCCUACGUAAGAGAGAAUCAAGUCCAUGUCCCACUCAUUUCCAUAAUUCAUCAUAAAUUGUGCAAGGGUGCUAUAGGACGCGCUAAAGCAUAAGAGCCACAAAUCAAGCACACAGGUUUAUGCUGUUUCACCUCCAAAAGACAAUAAAAACAACAACAAAACCUGCAACCAGCAAACGGUGGAAUUGUCAACAAAUGAGCUCCUAUUUUGUGAACUCAUUCUGCGGACGCUAUCCCAAUGGCGCGGACUUCCAGUUACAUAAUUAUGGAGACCAUAGUUCGACAAACGAGCAAUACAGAGACAACACAGCCAUGCAUUCCAGCAGGUACGGGUAUGGCUACAACGGGAUGGACCUGACAGUCGGCCGGGCCGGUACCGAUCACUUUGUGGGCAACGAGCGGACACAGGGCUACUCUCCGAGCCACUCAGCUGCGGCGACACCCUCAGUGGAGCAGGUCAGGUACACCCAGUCCGCCAACAGCACUGGGACCACGUCUCUAUCGCCUCCACCUGACCCGCUGCCGUGCUCUUCGGUCGCCAGCUCGUCACCAGCCACCGAGCCUCAGCCCCAACACCGAGCCGUGAAAAACUCUCUCACGACCUCGUGCUCAACCCCGUGCUCGAGCUCCAACGGAGGCUCGCUGAUGCUCAGCCGGGACUGUGUGUCCAAAGCUUCUCCCCUCGAGGAGGAGAAGCCUGCGGGGAGCGCACCGACAACUCCUCAAAAUAAUACCGACUCCUCACAGCCUCAGAUCUAUCCGUGGAUGAGAAAACUGCACAUAAAUCACGAUUUGGCUGGACCAGAGGGCAAGAGAGCCAGGACUGCAUACACUCGGUACCAGACCCUGGAGCUGGAGAAAGAGUUCCACUUCAACCGGUACCUGACCCGCAGGCGGAGGAUUGAAAUCGCCCACGCCCUCUGCCUCUCAGAGAGACAGAUCAAAAUCUGGUUUCAGAACCGCAGGAUGAAGUGGAAGAAGGACAACAAGCUGAAGAGCAUGAACAUGGCGGCUGCAGGCGGAGUAGGCUACAGGCCCUGAUAUUCCCUCUUUCACACCUGAUGACGAGCACUAUGAAAAUACAACAAAGAUUGUAAUAACUUCUCCACCUCGUCCCUUCAAAAGGCGCAGAGACUUGUAAAAGGGGCUGUGUGCGGGACAGGGGGACAUCCCCACCCUAAACCCCGCUGUAUGUCAAACAACCGCCCAAUGAUAUUCCUUAAUAUUUUUUCCUUUUUAUCCCCACCGUGGUUAUGCUUACGUGAUUAAAAAAGAUGCAUUCUGUACAGUUCUGUCUAGAUUUAGAGGAAAAAAGAAACAUAAAUGUUUGUCUAAAUUAUUUCUUGUUCAGACGAAAAAAUAAAAAUAAGAGCUUGAAAUGCUACCUAACCUACCGCAAAUAAAACCAGUAAAAGUUGUGUGAUGCACUCAGAACAAUAACACCCUGCUAAAUGAGGGUUAAGGUUGAGCUGCCUUUGUGUUAAGCCUUGUUUUCUCUGUAUGUACUGUAUAUGUAUGUAUUUAUUUGUUUGAUGUAAUGUACCAACUUGUCAGAAAACUUGCUUCCAAAAAGUAGAGCCAGCAGUAAGCCGUGCGUGGUUAUUGUGUUGCGUUGUGGACACUUGUAUGGACAGAGGUUCCGAACCAGUCUUGUAUGUACAGUAGCUGUUACCAUGUAUCUUUUUUUUUAUUAUUAUUGUUAUUUUCCUGCAGGAGCUGCUGUUUUCGUUGUUCACCUGAACGCAACAUUUGAUUAAAAAAAGUGUUCUGUCUUUGUUUGAACGUGGAGGUCUCCACAGUAAAUUUCCUCGGCUUUAUGUGUAAACUCCAUCGUGAUUAGCUUUUUGUAAAUGUUUUUCAAAGACUGGAAGUCAAGAAUAUACUAUAAAAAUAAUAAAACUGAUGAUGAUUGCCAAUAUAAUAAACUUUCUACUGGAA